UUUAAAGUCCGAUAAUAGCCAUGUUAUCUUGUGUUUUCAAUUGCUAUAUAAUCUAGUUGCUUUGAUUAAUAACCAACACAUAGAACAAAAUUUGUUACAAAUUAGAAAAUACUAACUAUACGCAUCAGAUGCUUGUUCAGAUUACUAUUAUCAGAGCUUAUUAGAUUUGUAAAUCAAAGGUUUCUUGUGGACAUUUAGAAAUCAAUUAUCGUUUUGCGUGAUGCUUGUGAAAGUCAGCACACUUAUCGACGCAUUCAGUAGUUCGAUUGGCUUGACAACGUGCUUUCAACGGUGGUCAUCACAAGAAUACUGCUACAUUCCGAAUAGCUUCAUUCGAAAAGAGAUAUAAUUCGUCCAAGAAAAAUGGAUGGCUGUGGAACAUCAUGUUUUUCCUGGCAUCCGCAAUGGAUGCAGAAAUUUGCAAAAACGCGAUGGUUCGUUUUGGUUUAUUCGCUCUUGGGAACAAUCCAAUCGGCCAGUACCACGUAUUUUAAUAUCACGUUAACCACCAUGGAAAGGCGUUUCCGAAUUCCAAGUCAAACAACAGGAAUCAUUCUGAGCGGAAAUGAGAUAUCGCAAAUUUUAUUAUCAUUGAUUUUAACAUACUUUGGCGGUCAGAAAAAUAGUCCAAAGUGGAUAGCAUGGGGCGUUGUAUGUAGUGCAAUAUCAUGCUUUAUAUUGGCUUCGCCGCAUUUUAUUUAUGGCGCCGGCGAAGAAGCACUUCAAUACACCGAACAAAACUACUUGUCAUCAAAUCAGAAUGUAUCGUCGGAAAUAGUAGCGCAGCCAGUGAAUCCAAGGAAUAACAAACUGUGUCAUAACUCGGACAAAACUGGCGAAGAUUCAGAUUGUGAUGAAGAGUUUUCGUAUGUGCCAUUGAUUUUGAUAUUUCUAUCACAAUUUGUGCUCGGCAUUGGAAAUACGUUGUAUUAUUCACUCGGGCCAGCCUACAUUGAUAACAAUACAAAGCAACACAACACUCCGUUGAUGUUAUCUUAUGCAUAUGCUAUGCGUAUUUUCGGCCCGGUCAUCGGCUAUUGCUUCGCUUAUGUGAUAUUGCGAGUUUACAUUGAUCCCACGUUGACGCCACUCAUUUCGAAAAAUGAUCCUCGUUGGAUGGGCGCCUGGUGGCUUGGAUGGAUCAUAGUCGGAUGUUCAAUGUUUGUAUUUGCUUCUUCGAUUGGAUUGUUCCCAACGAGUUUGAAAAAGGAAACAAAUCUCGAGGAACAUAAAUUGGACGGCGACAAACAUAAUAAAAUCAGUGAAACUGAAGAAGAAAUCAAAAUGAAGGAAAACGGCGAAUUGAAAGAAUUCUCGAAGGCAAUAUGGCGACUUAUUUCGAACAAAUUGGUUAUGUUUAGCAGAUUUUCUUCCGUGUUUUACAUGCUCGGUUUUACUGGCCCAUUAACAUAUAUGGGACGACAAAUGGAGGUUCAGUUCAAUAAAACAUCCUCUGGUGGAUCAAUUUUCACUGGCCCUAUGAUUAUGGGUGGUAUGGCGAUUGGAACAUUAUUGUCUGGUUUUAUCUUGACGAAAUACAGACCAAAAUCACGCUACGUGUUCUUUUGGAAUAUUAUUGUUGGAUUGAUUUCCGUGUUUUGCACACUUUCAUACACGCAAUUGGGCUGUGGAAGCAACGACUCGUUGCUAGUUGAUGGAUCGAUUAUUUCGUGUAACUCGAACUGUGUUUGUGGUGAUAUUUCGUACAGCCCAGUGUGCGAUCGUUCAACAAGCACAACAUAUUAUUCAGCGUGUCAUGCCGGCUGUAGGACUUACAACGAAAAACAUAACAUUUACUCAGAUUGUACAUGUGAUGUCAAAUCUGCUAUGAGCAAAUUCGAAGUGGUGCGCAACAUUUCAUCCGGAGCGUGCGUUGGGGAUUGCUCCUUUGAUUACUAUGUGUAUUCAUUCCUCUGCAUGGUAUCGAGCAUCCUCCUUCUUACUGGUGUGAUGGCAGGUAUUUUACUGAAUUUUCGGGCGGUCGAACCCAGAGAUAAAGCUUUAGGUCAAGGUUUUGGAUUGUUUACCAUCAGUUUAUUUGCAUUAAUUCCUGCACCAAUCAUAUUUGGCCGUAUUAUUGACAGCACCUGUUUGGUGUGGAAUAAAAAGUGUGGUCGACAAGGGAAUUGUCUUCUCUAUGAUCCCAUCAAAUUUCGAUACUAUAUGCAUUCAAGUUCGGCAUUUUUCAUUCUGAUUGGCGUCGGAUUUGAGUUCUUGAUUUGGUGCUAUGCCAAAAACCUCGAUUUAUAUGGUGAAGAAAAACCAAAACCCAUCAAAAAUGACAAAGACGAUUCACCUGAAACUCAACCACUCAACUCUAUGACGACCAAGAUUUAAUCACUGUGAUUUUCAUAAUUCUGAAUCCAGAUUUGUUUUCAAUGACCUCAAAAGCCAUAUUGAAGCUUAAUUUUUAAGAAAAAGGUCGUUAGGGUUAACACGUAGCAUAAAUUACGGAUUUGUGUGUAUCUUUUUCAUUAAUAAAUAGAGAAAUAAUAA